UCUUCUGGUUGCAGUUCUACAGCACAGCAGGCAGCACUUUCAAGUUGUUUGUGUGUGUUUCUGUGACGCGGCGAUGUGGAUUUACAGGCUAAUUAUCGCACUCUUCGUCAUUUCUUCUUGUUCUGAGGGCAGACGAAAUGCACUCCAGGACUACCAGAGGACUGAUGGCAUCCAACUGGUUGUCUUGUCUCCUGAUUCUUCCCACCUGACCAAAAGUAGGAAGCUGAGCAUGGCCAGGUGUGCCAAAUCCUGUAGUCGCAACAAAAGAAUCCCCUUCACCUGCAGAGCAUUCCUCUAUGAUCAUAAAAACAAGAGAUGCCAGUGGCUGUCAUUCGACAGGAACUCGCCAGGAGCUCAGAGUCAACAGGACUUGAACUACCAACUCUAUCAAAAGAAAGACUAUGUCAGAGAGUGCAUUGUGGGUACAGGUCAGAGCUACAGAGGCCGGAGGUCAGUGACAGUCAGUGGGAUCCUGUGCCAGGCCUGGGCCUCUCCCAUUCCUCAUGAACACAAAUUCAUGUCUAAGAGGUUCAGAAAGAAGGACCUCAGAGGAAACUACUGCCGCAACCCAGACAACUCCACUGUAGGCCCAUGGUGCUUUACCACUGACCCCCGACCCCACCUCAGACACCAGGAGUGUGGCAUACCACAGUGUUCACAGGUGGAGUGUAUAAGCUGCAAUGGGGAAGAUUACAGAGGACCCAUGGACCACACAGAGAGUGGAAAGGAAUGCCAGCGUUGGGACCUGGAUGAACCACACAAACAUCUGUACCAUCCCAAGAGGUACCCUGAAAAGGGCCUGGAUGAUAACUACUGUAGGAACCCAGAUGGACGCCACAGACCCUGGUGCUUUACCACAGACCCAAACACACCCUGGGAGUACUGCAACAUCAAAGUUUGUGAAACGCCUCAUAAAAGUAAUGUGGUAGAAACAAAUGAGUGUUACCAGGGCAGAGGAGAGGGCUACAGGGGCACGAUCGAUGUGACACCCACCGGACUCACCUGUCAGCGCUGGGACUCUCAGUAUCCCCAUAACCACACAUUCUUACCUCAAGCCUACCCCUGCAAGGACCUCAGAGAAAACUACUGUCGAAAUCCAGAUGGCCAAGAAUUACCCUGGUGCUUCACUACUGACCCAAGAGUCCGCACAAUGUUCUGCACCAACAUCCCUCAGUGCGGCACCCAAAACAAGCCUUUUAGUGACUGCUACGAUGGUUUUGGAGAGAAUUACCAAGGAGAACAGUCAAGGACUAGAUCAAACCUGCUCUGUGCUCCCUGGACAGACCACAACAACAGUGGCGAGAGGGGCGUGCUGAUGGUUGGCUUGGAGGGAAACUACUGCAGAAACCCUGAUAAAGACAAACAUGGUCCCUGGUGUUACACCAACAACUCUGCCAUACCCUGGGACUACUGCAAUGUAAAACCAUGCGAUGCUUCACUGAACACAAUUCCACUGGCUGAGCUGUCCUCUGUGGGGUGUUUUAUCCAUAAGAGAACCAGAAUUGUCGGAGGAAGUCCAGUGAUAUCAGACGGCGGCUGGAUGGUCAGCAUACAGAAAGGGUCGGUGCACUGGUGUGGGGGUUCGCUAAUACGAGACGAGUGGGUACUCACUGACAGACAAUGUUUCUCUUCAUGUGUUCCGGACCUCAGUGAGUAUCGGGUGUGGCUGGGAGUCUCUGAUAUUCGAGAGGGUGCUCCUGACCUGUCCAAGAGACAGGAAGUCAGCAUAGCUCAUGUGAUAUGUGGCCCUGAGGGUUCCAGUUUAGCCCUCAUAAGGCUGUCUAAGCCUGCCCUACCUGUAAACAAUGUCCAUACGAUUCAACUACCUGUAGCAGGGUGCACCAUACCAGAAGGAACAAUAUGUAAAAUGUACGGAUGGGGUGAGACCAAAGGCACUGGCUAUGAUGACAUAUUAAAGGCGGUCAACCUGCCAAUUGUCAGUAACGAGAGGUGCAGAGAGAUGCACAGAGGGAACUUCCACAUCACCAACACCAAGAUCUGUGCAGGAGGCAGGAGGAAUGAGGGAGUGUGUGAGAGGGAUUAUGGCGGCCCGCUUGUGUGCCAAGACGGUGACAUCAGGGUUAUUGCUGGAGUGAGUGUCCAUGGCAGAGGCUGUGCCAGGGCCAACCAGCCUGGCAUCUUCAUCAAUGUGCCCUUCUACACACAGUGGAUCUACAAGUGUCAGUACACAAAAAGAAAACUGCAGAUGGAGAGACCGUUUGUGUGCAUGUGAGCUCAUGCAUGUUUGAGCCAGAGCUGAAUGAAUUAUCUUCUCCCCACACAGGCCUUUGGCAGACCUCCAAUUCCAAUCCACUCUGAAUAUUAGCGUCACAAAAUCUGUCACUUCAAACUUUAUCACGGAAAACAAAAAGAGAUGGUCCUUGUAACUGCAUUGUCCCUAAUGGACAUUUCACUGAGAGGACUGAACAGCGCUUGAAACAAAUUAACACACCUCUUUUGCCAGUGUAAAUGAUUGAAAUGGCUUCACAUUAUGCUUGUGUGAGAGUGAGAGAAUUUUUUUUUUUCUGUGCGUGUGUGUGUGUGUAUGCAUGUGCACUGAAAGAUCCUGCAAGCUGCUAUAUUCUACAGGUUGUAUAGUACUUUUAUUCUCUGUAUAAUGUACAUUCACUAUAAAUUUCAUGUC